GCCAAAGCGUUUAAAUCAUAUGAGACACAUACUACGAAAAAAUCUAUGGCUAUGGAAUUUUCAAAGCUCUGGGUGAUCUGAUGUGAUCUUCAUGAAAGUGAUAUUAGAUAGAACGUAGGUUCUUGGAGUAAGUUUGACCAGCCAAAGUUGGAUUUCAGUCAAGAUGGACAGACUUCUUCCGCUGUUGGUACUUUUACUCUUCAAGUUCGUAGAUGGCAAAGACAUAGUGGUUGUAUAUUUUGCCACCUCAGGUGCUACCAGCGGAACGGUCAGAGUUCGCGUCAACGGAUUACCAGUAGGCGCUCUCUCAAGUAAGGCGAUGUGUUGGGACAGCUCAUGGGGGAUGGAACAGGCGAAUGUUACCUGUCGGCAGAUGGGAUUUCUAAAAGCGACCUCCACUGGUAAUGAUAGUGAUAAAAUUGACCCAAUCAUUUUUGACGUCCGCUGUUCGGGGACAGAGACAAACCUCGCAGACUGCAGUUACAGCCUCUCAGGACCCUGCCAAAGUAACCAAUUUGUCAGUGUCACCUGCUUACGGAAUCCAGCCUUUAAUGGCCUAUUUGAUGUCCGUCUGAACGGUUCAACGGCUCAUAAAGGUAUAGUCGAGUCACGGCAGACAUAUCAAGGAAAUGCAAAGCAACCGUGGUAUGCACUAUGUUACAACCUUUGGAGUAAAGAGGAUUCUGAGGUUGUCUGUAGGCAGCUUGGAUACAGCGGUGUCAAAGCUACCACGGGCAUUAUUGGUAGUCUCCCCAAUGUUUCCGCUGGAGAGCUCAAGUGUACCGGGACAGAACAGACACUGAGAGGAUGCAAGGUGAUUAAUACAUCAGAAUGCACCGACAAGACAAUAUAUACUCAAGUCGAAUGCAACCUUGACAGUGAGACCCAGCAACCUUUUGAUAUCCGCCUGACCGGUGGUAAUACAUCAGCAGGAAGUGUAGAGCUCUUGAAGUACGGUAAAUGGGGCGUCAUUUGUGAUAGGGAUGGAGAUUGGAACCUUGCGAGCGCCAGGGUUGUGUGCCGACAGCAUGGUUUUGUUGAUGCCAUCCGGGUGACAAAGCCAGCUGAGUUCGGCCAAGGCAAUGGUUCAAUACAGCUGAAGAACCCCGGGUGUAAGGGAGACGAAUGGAGCAUAGAGAAGUGUCCAAUACCAUACGGUUGGGGAGGUGGCGUCAAAGCAUGCCAGACAAAGGACACGGCAGGCGUUGUUUGCAGCCCGGAAAAAUUUCCUACGUAUGACAUCAGUAUAACAAUGUGCACACUAAAGACAUCGAAAUCUUUUGGAAGAUUCUUCCUUCACAGCCAAGGAUUCCCUCAACUCUUCAACUACGAGGCGCAGACACAUCAUUUGUGCACCAUGACCUCGAAUACCAUCAUAGAGUUCUCAAUAUACAUCCACUACAAGAGGUUCAAGGAAAACCAUGGCGAAACACUGUCAUUUCAAGGCAUUGAUACCCAGACAACGAGUAGUACCUUCUACAAUCUCCAACUCUACGGGGAUAAUUCGGACCCUGGACCUUAUACAUUAAAUACCGCCUCACUGACGAUGGAAUUCAAGUCGAACGGUGCUACAGGAAAGGGAAAGUUCCGACUUGAAAUAAGAGUCCCAAAUGGUGCAGACAUCGCUUUGUCGUGCUCCAGUCGGACUCCGACUAUUCCAUCGACUGCAACAACCACGUCUACAACAAUUCUACCACCUGCUACAUCUGUGACCAGCACACAGACUGUACCAUCCGACACGUCCAUUGCCAACACAUCCAAAAAGAAUUUACCACCUUCCACACAAUGCGUGACAAUAGGUAUGCAUCGCAAAAGUCACUUCAAGGAACGUGGAAGGGGUGUGAAAUUAAGAACCCAGUCACUGCAUGUUGAUGUUGUCGUCGGCGGGCUAUUUGGAGCAAUCAUUGUGGCGAUGAUAGCUAUCAUUUUAGGCGUUGUUCUGUGGAAGCUUGGACUGUUACGAUUCGGGAAGAGACAGAGUCCUCGACCCGCAAGGGCCACGAGAGGUUACGAGGACACGAGAGUUGAAUUUACUGGAGUUGAUGAUAGAUCAGCUUACGCCAACGUCAGGACGGAGUACGUCAAUAAUGCAUUCAUCCUUGAUGGUAGUUCUCCGAUGACCGACCAAGACGCCACUUCUCCAUACGCAAAUGUGCGGGAGUUGGGGCAGGAUGUAUCAAGAGAGAACCAGAUUCAUCUCCAGGAUCCAGUGCCCGAAGCUCCGUAUGACGACGUGAGAAGCUUUGAUCCCAACAACACGGCCGAGAGCGUGUCCGAGUGUGUGACCGAGAGCGUGGCCGAGAGCGGUUCAAACCAGGCCCACGGAGGCCCAAGUGAGACUCAAAGUCACUCGUAUGACAAUGUGGCUCACAGUGAAGAGUCACCAUAUGCACAUCUGGAUCCCGUAAACCAUCAGGACUAUCUGGAUUUCAAGGAGCUCAGCCCGGAACAGAUGAGACCUAUCUGAAGUUAGACUUAGGUUAGCUCUGUCACCAUUCACUGAUUAGUGAGUGUAGACAAACUAUUAUAGACUAAAGCUAUCAUGUUUAAGGACUGCCACUCAAAGGAUGACUAUCAUGAGUUUAUUUCUUAGAUUUUAUAGAUAAUUUGAAAGAAUCGCAUACGGCAUCGUCACGUCAGGCAAUCACGGCUGAUUAUAGUGAAAAAAAUAAAAAAACAACACUUUCAACAAAACGGAUAUUCGUAGGCCUGUAAAAAUUUAUCCACUGGUAGAUUUCAUUGUGAAUAUGCCGCUGGUAGUUUAUCAUACCGCGCUUAAUAGUACGUGGGCCAAUUACAACACGCCGAUGAGGGUCACGUUUGGUAAAUAAAAUUUUUCAGAGGUGUUUUGGGGAAACAAAAAUCUGAUAUCUUCACUGUUUUGUUGAAAACAAAUCAAAUUCUUAUAUUUACAGCUGAAAUUUACUGAAAUCUACUGUAAUUAAAGAAUGUAUAAAAAAUAUAGCUUUUGUCAAAAAAAUUCUUCACGAAUUUAAGAUCAAGAUGUUCUCGACUAAUUUUUGGAGGUCCAUUCAAAAUUAACUUCCAAAUGGAUUAGGUGGAAAUUAUGUGGCAGCUAAAAAGAUGUAUAUAUUAGACCCACACAAUUAUAUUACUCCGAGGGAGUCGACUUC